UUUUAAGGAGACUGCCAGUCUGCCUUAUGUUGAGAUCCUGCGUAUACCAACUGCACACUCACCAUCAAACAGUCUGGCCCUGAAGCAGUAAGAACAGCACAGACAGUGGCAUCAGCAACGGCAAAGCGUUGCAUGAUCUUUUGUUAACUGAAAGCAGAACCUGGAAUUUCAAGUUUGGCACAGGGCAGCACUGCUAUACUCCUCACAGACUUAUUACUGCAAGUUACUGUACGUAGGCAACUUUGUCAGAAAACAAUGCUUAUGGAUCUUUAAAAUCUUGGGACAUUCAUGAGUCCAUUUAUUGCUUCAGAAAUCCAUGUGACAUUAUCACAAACAGAAGUGCAAAUACUUGGAAUUUUUUUAUCUAGCUCUGGAGCUUUACUGCAACACGUACACAGGAAAGGAAUCAGGAAAAUGAACAAGAAUUGAUUACAAAAAUCAUGGACAUUCAAUGAACAUUCAUUUAUCCAAGUUAAGCACUUGUUUGCAGGCCUUUGAGGAGGUUCCAAAAGUGACGCUAAUUUUUUUAGCACAAGGUCACAAAAUAAUCUCCUUGGAGACCAGAGGUUUCCUCUCAGCUUUCUCCUAGCCAACAUGAACUCACUCACCUGGACUUUGUGUCUGCUGCUAAUUAGUCUCAUGACUGCAGGAGGCAAGAGACAACUACCCCAUGCCAAAACCAACAGUGCAACACAUACUGUUGUUCAUAAUCGAUACAGACGUUCAACUGAUGCCAGCAACAAAUGUUCUUACACCUUCUUGGUCCCACAUCAAAGGAUAACAGGUCCUAUUUGUGUUAGUUCAAAGGGUCCAGAAACAGACAACAGUGGGAUAACUAAAAUGGAUGUGGAGGAGCUGAAAGAGAUUAUGUCCAAACAGAAGCGACAAAUUGAAAACCUUCAGCUGUUAGUGGAAGUGGAUGGAGGAAUAGUGAAUGAGGUGAAACUGCUGCGAAAGGAAAGUCGGAAUAUGAACUCACGUGUAACACAGCUUUAUAUGCAGCUCCUACAUGAGAUUAUUCGCAAAAGGGACAACUCAUUGGAAAUCUCUCAGCUGGAGAACAAAGUUCUUAAUUCCACAGCUGAGAUUCUGCGAAUGGCCACCAGAUACAGACAACUGGAACAGAAGUAUGCAGUACUGUCUGCUCUUGUUAAUAAUCAGUCUGUGAUCAUAACCAAACUAGAGCAGGAAUGCAUUCGUAGUCUUACACCAAAGGAAUAUGAACCACCACCUCUUGUACAAGUAGUACCACAAUCCAUACCUCGCAGCAGGCAAUACCAGAGCAAUUUAUUUGGCAGUAAUGAAAUACAGAGGGAUCAAAAUCCUGCAUUUGCACGGGAACGAGGGCUUCGCUCGAGAGCCCCCUCACAUGAACCUUCUCCUACAACUGCUACCAUUACAGAAUCACCAGUUACUGAAGAGUUAGAUGGUCCAUGGAAGGAUUGCUACCAUGUCCGGCAGGCUGGAUAUUCAAACAGUGGCAUGUACCUAAUCAAACCAGAAGGCACCGAUAAGCUAAUGCAAGUUUGGUGUGAUCACAGCCAUGAUCAGGGAGGCUGGACAGUAAUCCAGCGUAGGGUUGAUGGGGCAGUCAACUUCUUCAGGAACUGGGAGAACUACAAGAGAGGGUUUGGCAACAUUGAUGGGGAACACUGGCUUGGACUGGAGAAUAUUUACAGGCUGACUGCACAGGGAAACUACAAGCUAUACAUUAAAUUGGAAGACUGGAAUGAUAAGAAAGUCCAUGCUGAAUACACCGCCUUCAGAACAGAGGAUGAGGAUGAUAACUACAGGCUACGAGUUGGCAGCUAUCAAGGGAAUGCAGGGGACUCUUUAAUAUGGCACAAUGGCAAGCAGUUUACAACACUUGACAGAGACAGAGAUUCGUACUCAGGUAACUGUGCUCAUUUCCACAAAGGUGGCUGGUGGUACAAUGCUUGCGCACACUCUAAUUUGAAUGGAGUGUGGUAUCGUGGAGGUCAUUAUCGCAGCAAAUACCAAGAUGGAGUUUACUGGGCUGAAUUUCGAGGGGGUUCCUACUCUCUGAAAAGUACGGUAAUGAUGGUCAAGCCUGAAUAAUACAGUCAAGAAGUCACACAUUACCAAUGGAUACAACUAUGAAAACAUAGUAUCAAAAUGUAAGGUUCUUUCAAAUGCAGGCCAUGUACUUUGUUAAAGAAGCAUUUUGUUUAACAACGUUGAAAAAUCAUCUAACAUUGCACCUACACAUAUGAUUUCAUUACCUUCUAAAACGAUACAGAAGAAAGCAAGGGUCCAUAAAGCAUUAUUAUGUGCCUCUGUAUUCAGUGCUCACUGGCACUGUGUUGAACAACUAGCACCCUAAAGGGAAACACUGCCCUUCUUGUACAGGAAGGCAUUAGGUAUGUACCACAAUUUUAACCUGAUUACAUUAUAACCCAACAAAAAAACAGUUCCGACUAAUAUUUGGAUGUAUAUUAAUGUUGUAUUUUGUUAUAACAGACAAUUGUUUGUUUAAUAACCUGCUGUCAGACAUAUCAGCUUUAUUUUUAAGAACAUUUGGGAAUCCACAAUACUUUAUUUUAAUGCUGAAAAUAUUGUGAGGUUAGGUUGAAAUAAAUAUUUUAAAUGAAGUCUUUCAUGCAUCAAAAUUUAAUUUUAAUAGGAAAGGAAUGCAAAAGUUUCCAGAUUAGAUGGACAGGUUUAAAAUCUCAGGAUCAAAACAGUCUUCCUAUUCUCAUUAAGACUAAAAGUUUAAAGCAGAACCAAGUUUAAAUGUAAAAUUCUCACAAGAGGACGUUGUUCUAUUUGAACAUUUAAUGCUAACAUAGAAAGCAUGGAGCAGUUUUUACAAUUAAAACUGCAUUACCUCUUGAAGAACAAUGACUCUGCAUUAAUUUAAGCCAAUUUCUGAUAGUUGAUUUAAACUAUAGCUGCAGAACAUAAACACCCUUGGUCCCAGGAAAAGCUGCCUCUGCUGUGAAGGCACUAUCUAUCUGGGUCAAAAAAGUCUGGUAGAAUACUGGUGCAACUCUCACCCAAUUUAAGUUUGGAACAAACUUGACUUCUGAAUACAUUUCAGUCCAAUGUCUUAAGUCAUAUGUUAAAAAGCAACAUUGAAAAGUUAUUUUUUAAAGUAAAGUUCAUUCUUAAAUCUGCUUUUCCUCAAAAGGCGAUCAAAUUAUGCACAUUUAAAAUAAUUGCAGAUUUAUACAAACUUACAAGGUUCACAGAAGUGCGGCUACUAAUUGGUCAUCGUAAAGAUGAUUGGGCUAGCAGGUUUCUUUACUUAUUUAAGAACACAAGAAGAGUGAAAACUGACCAUUUGGUCCAUCAAAGCUCACCUUCUCCCUCUCACUACCAUCCAUCAUUUUGAACGACCUUAAUGCUUUUUGUUUCUGUGAAUCUGGCAAAUAAAUACAAAAUUGCACCACUGUUUUUGACAGGAGUUCCAAUUAUUUGCAUUAAAUUGACUUUCCAUUGAUUGAACUAAGCUAGGACCAACAGGCAUAAAGUUAAAAGUAAUAUUCCAGUUUCAUUUGAGAUAUGGUAUGUUAUAUAUACACUCCCUGUCAAGGCUCCUUCUUCACUACAAACUUUAUAGCUUGUAGAUUUUGAAUUUUUCUAAUCCUCUCUUACAGUUCAUCCCCUUUAAAACUGUGACUAGUCUUUUGGCUUUUCUGGUACCCUCUCCAAUGCUUAUACAUCUUUCUUCAGGCAGGAUGGCCAGAAUUGAAGAUUUGAUUCAUGAACUGCAAAGCUCCAACAUAAUCUAAGGAAAGUGAAAACGUGUGUACUAUUGACUAAAUGUAUCAUCUUUCUAUUCAUUUUUUAGUUGCUUUGCCUCAUCACCUGGGCAUUGAAAUUGGCGAAUCCAAUAUCAUUUCAGGUCCUUUUCUUAGUUUCCCCAUACCAAACAUAGCACAUUCACUGUAUUCUUGCAAUGCACAUAGUUUCAAUGUACAAUAUUUCACUUAUCAGUGCAAAAUUUAGUUUGCCAGUUAGUGGCUGAAUUAGACAACAAUGCAAAUUCUUAUGUAAAUCUUUUUAUGCAUCCCCUUUCUUUCCUAUUAGCUCUAUUUUCUAGCCAUCAGUAAAUUAGAUAUGCUGACAUUUGGUUUUCAUGCAUUUUUUUUCCUAUAAAAACAUCAAAAAAUACUGCUUCUAGAUUAUCCUUACCGUUUAAAGCUGAAUUAAUCUCUGAAGGCUUAUCUGCUGAACUCCUUCACUGUAGGUGACAGCGCCCCUCAUUAAAGAUGUAGUAGAAUAUCAUUCAUAUAUACUUAAAGGAAAGUAACAUCCUAUCAUUGUGAAUACAAUUAAGGUAAGUACACUACACAUGAGAAUAAUUCUCUGGAUUUUGAAGGAAAUGGUCAGGGUCAACCUUUAACUAUUAGAACUGCAUCAAGAUUUGGAGGGAGAAAAGAAUAAAGCUGAAAAUUGAUGGAUGACACAACUGCAGUGUAAUUGUCAGACUGGGGUUGGAUCAGGGCUUCAGUGUGCUCUGAUGUAAUAAGGUUGAAAUUACUGGGAAGACUAAAAACACAAAUAUCAUGGGAGUUUACUAUGGUUUUCCCUCAACCAGUUUUUCAGGAAAACUCUGCGUUUUUAAGGUUGAAAAUUCAAUUAGUCAGAGCAGGUUUGGCAAGGCAUCUGAUUACUACUCCACAGCCAUAGUGGCUCUCCACAUGCGAAUAAUUACACUCACAACAGUGUAUGGAUAAUGGACAUAAACUUAGACAAACUAACCUCCUUUAAAUUGAAACCUCCAACAGUCAAACAUAGUAUUUAAAAAAGGAUAAAUUGGCGACUGGGAAAGAUUCAGUGAAGGAUGGCAAAAAGGGAAUAUGAAAAGAAACUUGCAAGAAAUAAUACUUUUUAUGUCAGCAAAAUAACAUUAAUGAAGAAAAUGAUGACACUAAAGAAAAUCUAAUUCCCUGAACCAGAUGGUCUCUGAGCCACGGAUUUAAAGGAAACGUGAGACCACUGAAGAUGCACUAACCAUAAUCUUGAUUCAGGAGCUGUUGUUUUAAAUUGGAAAAUUGUGCUUGUAACUCUACUAUUUAAGAAAGAUGGCAGAGAAAAGAGGGUACGAUAGAUCAGUUCGCCUAACAUCUAUUGUUGGGAAAUCGCUGGAGUCUAUAAUAAAAGAUAGGGUGACUCAGUACCUUGAAAAUCUUCAGCUGAUCAGAGGGAGCUGGCAAGGAUCCCUGAAGAUAGGUCAGGCUUAGUGAAUCUGAUUUAAUAUUUUGAAGAGAUGACUAAAGUAGUCGACAAGGAAAUGUCUAUGGAUGCCAUUAGUACGGACUUCCAGAAAGCAUUGGACCAAGACCCUAAUAAUAAAGUUAGCUCAAGUUGAAUUUCUUGGAAGUGAAGGCAAAUUAUUGAGCUUGUUAGGAAAUCGAGUGGCAGAAGAAAGUAUGUCGGGAUAACACGCAGGUACUCUAAUUGGCAGAAUGCAGCUACUGGUGUACCGCAAGGGGCCUCAACUAUUCACUAUCUUUAUAACCGACUUAGAUGAUGAGGUAGAAAGCUAGGUGGCACUGUAAGCAGCGUAGAUGAAAGCACAGAAUUACAAAUAGAUACUGAUAGAUUAAGUAAAUGGGCAAAACGAUGACAAGUGUAUUUCAAUGUAGGCAAAUGUCAGGUGAUCCACUUUGGACCUAUAAAGGAUGUAACAGGGUACUUUCUAAGACUAGAAACAGUGGAGGUCCAAAGAGGCUUGAGGGCCGAGGUACACAGACCAUUAAAAUGUCAUGAACAGGUGCAGAAAACACUCAAAAAGCUUAACAGAAUGCUGGCCUUUAUAUCUAGAGGAUGAGAAUACAAUAGGGCAGAAAUCAUUUUACAGCUAUACCAAGCCCUGGGUAAGGCCACACCACUACUGUGAGUAGUACUGGGCACAAAACCUUAGAAAAUAUAUAUUGCCUUUGGAGGGAGUGCAGCAUGGGUUUACCAGAAUUAUAUCAGAACUCCCAGGGUUAAAUUAUGAGCUGAGAUUACAUAAACUAGCACUGUAUUCCCUAGAACGUAUAAAGUUAGGGGACGACUUGCAAUAAAAUGGAUUCGUUCCCAUUUAUUAAAGACAAGCUUGUUCAUAAAUCACCAACUUUGACACCACUUCUGCACUAUACUACUCCAUUUUGAGAUAUGACAAUAAACAUCUUGCAUAGGUUCUUGCAAGAAAAUUUUCAAAAUUUUAAGCGGGAUAGAUAAGAUAGAUGGAGAGAUCUAAUUCUGCUGACGGACAAGUCCAGGACUAGUGGCAAUAGUCUAAAACUUAAGAGCCAUACCGUUCGCAAGUGAAAUUAAGAAACCCCACUACAUAUAAAAGGUGGUACCAGUUUGGUACUCUUUUCUCAAAUGAUAACUGAGGCAAUAUCAAUUGUUAAUCUUAAAACUGAGAUUGAUAGAUUUUUGUUAAAUAAAGGUGUUAAGAGAUAUGGGGCAAAGGCAGGUAUGUGAAAUUAGGCCAGACAUGAUCUCAUUGAAUGACAAAAUAGGCUUGAGGGCUAAAUGGCCUUCACUGUCCCUGUUUUCCUACUUGCUGUCUAAUACACUUAUGGCUAAAGAUACUUUUUUUCAAAAAACAUGAUAUCUUCCUCCUCUUUCCCUUCCUAAGAGAGCAUUGUAGAUAUGAAAUGUAGAGUGGAGGCAAUGUUUAGAAACUGUGAAUGGCAAUACAAGAAUAUGAAUAAAUUCCUGAACAAACUCAGAUCAGCACCCAGUGGUGGAUCGCUCUUUGUGUUUACUGCAAAUUCACUUACCCACAAGAGCCUAUAACAAUGAGCUGACGCACAUUUUACAUAAACUUCUUCAAUUCUUUAUUCCAGUUUACCCUCUCACUGCUCAGCACCAUUCCAACUCCCCUGAUUUUUCCAUGGUUAUAUGUUCAGAAACAUUUGUUUUUUUUAAACGUAGAAACUGGAAAUGAUUUCAGUUGGGUUUAUAAUGUCAUAACCAUAUUAUACAAAAAAAAGACAUUCAUACUGGCAUAACAAAUAUAACUGAUAAAGGCCAAGAAAUUUAAGAAGUUCAAUAAAAUGGAUUCAUUCCCAUUUAUUAAAGACAAACUUGUUCACAAAACACCAUCUUUGACACCACUCCUACAUUAUACUACUCCAUUUUGAGAUAUGACAAUAAACAUCUUGCAUAGGUUCUUGCAAAACUGUAAUAUAUAAUUUAUACAAAUUAAAUUUAAAUCAAGAUGAGUCAUAAUAUUCGGAUUUUAUGACAAUUUACCCAAGUGACUUCCUGGGACCGGAAACGGUAAAAAAUUAACACCAAAUUCAGAUAUUGAAAAGGAAGAAUAUAUUGUUCAAAGGGGUGCAUUGGUGUUGCAGUUGUCUUUAUUGCUCAAUAAAAAUAAAUUGUAAAGUUAAAUGUUUUGAAAAGGAUAUUGAAUAUGAUAUGGAAACACAAAUGCUCGGGUUUUCAAUUAAAGACUACAAUCUUAUAGCUGUUGAGGGUGAUAAAAAUGAACGGACUAGUAUGCAGGUGCCUACCAAAAUUAAUCUGAGAUCAUCAUUAACAGAAACAGAAAUAAAUCUGUUGUGAAACAGAUUUAAUCCAUAUACUUAGUUUUUAAGUAAAUAAAACAUAUGCAUCACUCUUA